GGCUUCGAUGUACGUCAUAGCGUCAUUCUGCUACUAACGUGAUUGCUAAGUGAGUGAACCAUGAUGAAGGGGACUUUUUAGCUCAGUUUCUCUUGCUGUUGGAGUCAAUUUCUUUAAUAAAAUGAUGACUCAACGUAAAGACAAUCCCGCCUGAGCUUUUAAGCUCCUCUGAGACGCCGCGCGAGCUUCUAGCGCCGGUCGGUGGGAUGGAUCCUCUGGGGGCUCGCUCCCAGUUUGUGGAUAUCCAGUCCCUUCCGGUGUGGCAACAGCAGCUGAGUGAGGAAGCCAAGGAGACGCCGCUGGACCAGGGGGACGGCCUGCUGGACCAGGGGGACGGCCCGCUGGACCACCAGGCCUUUCCCUCGCCCUUCCCCUUCAGACCGGACAUCAACCACAAGAUCAUCCUCUACACCGGGGACGUUGCCCUGCUGAACUGCACUGCCAUUGUGAACACCAGCAACGAGUUGCUGAACGACAAGAAUCCAGUGUCGGAUGGCAUCCAUCAGCUCGCCGGGCCUGAACUGAGGGAAGAACUCGUGAAACUCAAAGGAUGUCGGACAGGCGAGGCCAAGCUGACCAAAGGCUUCAACCUGGCGGCCCGGUUCAUCAUCCACACGGUGGGACCGAAGUACAAAGCCAAGUACAGGACUGCAGCGGAGAGCUCUCUGUUCAGCUGCUACAGGAACGUCAUGCAGCUGGCAGCAGAACAGUCGAUGGCGUCUGUCGGCUUCUGUGUGCUGACCACAACCAAAAGAGGCUAUCCACUGGAGGACGCCGCACACAUCGCUUUCAGAACAGUGCGCCGUUUCCUGGAGAACCAUGGAGACAGCAUCGACACGGUGGUGUUCGCAGUGUCGGACACGGAGGAGUCUGUGCACAAGAAGCUUCUCCCGCUGUACUACCCUCGCUCCAAGGAAGAGGAGAGGCGCUGCCUUCCUCUCAUCCCGGCUGACAUUGGCAACUCGGAGGGCGAGCCCGUGGUUCCGGAGAGACAGAUCCGCAUCGCGGAGAAGCCAGGCAGCCUGGAAGAUGAGUGUGAAGAGGAGAGCCUGGACCUGGAUUUGGGGCAGGUGGGGAAUCACGCCUUCGCUCGGAUGGAGGGCGACGUGGACAAGCAGAGGAAGCUGAUCCUCCAGGGCCAGAUGUCUGAGGCAGCCGUACAGAAACAGCACCAGAGAAACUACAGUCGCUGGUUGUGUCGAGCGAGAGCGGAGGAUCUGUCGGACAUCGCUGCGCUGAAAGCCUUAUAUCAGACUGGUGUGGACAUAUGCGGCAGGACGGUGAUGGUGGUGGUUGGACGAAACAUCCCAGUAACCCUCAUUGACCUCGAAAAGGCCUUACUGUACUUCAUCCAUGUGAUGGAUCACAUCACAGUGAAGGAGUAUGUGAUCGUUUACUUCCACACGCUGACCGGAGAGCACAACCAUCUGGACUCGGACUUCCUCAAAAACCUCUACGACGUCGUCGACAUCAAGUAUAAAAAGAAUCUGAGGGCCUUUUAUUUUGUACAUCCAACGUUUCGCUCAAAGGUCUCCACUUGGUUCUUCACCACCUUCAGCGUGUCGGGCCUGAAGGAGAAGGUCCGUUACCUGGACAACCUGCCGCAGCUCUUCACCUGCAUCAAACCCGAGCAGAUCGACAUUCCUCCCUUCGUCCUGGAGUACGACGCACGAGUAAACAGACCAAACCAUCCCAACGAGGCUUCUGGUCUGUGACAGGACGCGGCUGGACCUCUUGAAUUCAGCCCCUCUAAGGAGAAGCUAUUAUUGGACGUCCGACUGCCUGAGCGGUCUGAACUCACAAACUCCAUCAGGCUGUGAACUGCAGUGGGGAAAAUCUCCCUGUUGACGUUUCCCGCCAAAAUCGUAUGAAGAGAGUCGUCUCAGGUUUGUCGGUCCGGGAUAGUUCCUGGAUUAUUCCUCGUGUAAAGUCUUUUUUUUAAAUAUAUAUAUAUAUAUGUAUUUUCUCCAAAGCAAAUAAAGAGUGAGGUCACAAAACAUUUGACUACACGUAAAAUCACACACCUUAUCCAGCCAGUAGCUGAAUCUAGAGGCUGCAAGUUUUACUAUUCAAUGCAGCACGUCGCUAUGACAACAAGAGGAGCUUAAAUCUGCGGGGCAGAAAGUAACUUUUCAUCAGUCAUGUACAUGUAAAUCAGAGGUUAAAUCCCGGACACGAACUCUUCAGUGUGCUGACAGCGUUUUCAGACGCUGCAGUGUGAAAUCUUGUUGGUCUUGAAAAGCGUUUCGUGUUUCAACGAAACGUUGCAGCAUCUGUCAGCGUUUAGAAUAAAAUGAGUCAAUAAAUAGAUUUUUAUCCCACAAGUUUAGUUUUUUUUUCCUCCCCAGCUGAUUACUGCAGUUAUGCAAGAGUUUCAAUUCGUAGCUCUUCGUGUAAACCGAUGAAUACGAGGAUAAGAGGACGUUUGUUGCCCUUCUUGCAGAAGUUAACAUGCAUAUUUUCAUGGUAGACUUAAGUCCAACAGAAAAAUAUCUUUUUUUUUUUUUUAGCUCAUCCCCAUAUAUACAUUUUUGGUCAUGUUGAUAGUAAAUCUCUGGCUGGAAGGCGAACCGUCGCUUCACUCUCCUGUGUUCUGCAGCAGCUGACAGGUUUUCUGAAAUGAGUUUUCCUCCGUUCAUCUGCUCAUUAAAUGGUCAGAGCCAAGAAUUGACAAGGUCGUUCCCAUUUGUUUUUUUAAUUCAUUUAACAUCCUGGUCACUAAUCAGAGCUGAUCAAUAAACUUAAUCUCCAGCUGAAGUAAUUGAUGCAAAGCUAAAACAGGGUGUUAUCAGGAGUGACAUUUGCAGAAAAGAAAACUUAUCAUCAAGAAUAAACGGUUUUCUUGAGGGAAGACUGAGACUGAUUACGUCCUGCAUUGUAAAAACAGUUUAUAUCUUACAAACUGAAUCAGGUUUGUAAAAGAAAUCCCAUAAAACUACCUAUUUAUUUAAACACACGUGAUUUUUCCAAAUAAGUGAUUUUAUUUGUAGAAAUUAAACUUUGUCUCUUGAUACACCCACCAUUCAUAAGGAAAGUUCAGUUCACUGUUGAUUUCUUAUGUCUGUAACAUGUAAGUGACUUUUCAGCAAGAUACAGCAGCUUGUUUUAAGUCAAUAAUUCCUUAACAUGGAUGAAGUGCUAGUUCCACUGGCAGAUCUUGUUUUUACUUGUAACAAGACAUUUUUCCCAUGUUUUAAGUGGAAAAACGUGGAGCUACUUCUUAUCAAUAUGAAGAAAUUACUGAAUUAAAUAACUCCCAUAUCUUGCUGAAAACUUACCUGUAAGUUAGUUUUGUCUUAUUUCAGGUCUACUAAGACAUUAGCACUAAAAACUAGACCAAAACUACUUGGUAAGAUUUUGUUUUUUCAGCGUCCCUGUGUUUGCAGCAAACUGAGUAAAUCAGAGUUGUGAAAGCCAACAGCUAGUAAAAUAAAAAAAAUCUCAACCUGUUUUAGCUCCUUUCAUUCAGUUAAAGUGAAAAAUGUUUGUCUUCACGGAACAUAGCGCUGGAGCUACACUUUUACAAGAAACCAUUAAGCUUGUUGCUGCUUUAACGGCCAACUGUGCUCCGUGUUGCUGCGAGAAAUUGGAAAAGCAGAGGAUAUUGUGCUGCCUGCAGAAAUGAAAACUUGUUACAGAAUACAAACUUCCUCCUCCCCUUGACGGAUGAAUCUCAGCUCAUCAGACGGAUUGAUAUCGGCUACGACGUCGACGCAAGUUUGAGAACGAUUACUGGUAAUAACUUCCCAGAUCUAAACUCUCUCUUUAUUAUUGUGGAGCUUUUUUAUGGCCCCUGCUUUGGUGUGAAUUUUUAUCACCGUCUGUUGGGACUACUGGCUGAUUUCUCCCAGCCGAGUUCGCCAUCCAGGUGUUUUCAUUUAAUUUUAGCUCCGUUGGAAAGGCUCGAGCCUCUCAGGGUGAUUCUCCUUCCUGUAAACGUCCUCAUUUCAGAGCGGAUGAAACUCAGAAACUCGGCAAGAGGUUCAUCGUAGGAAACGAUGCUAACCUGCUCGUUUAAGAACCGAAGGUUUACGACAAAAACGAAGCCUUCUAGCUGGAGUAUUUGUGCGUAUGGAAGGAAAAAUGAACCGUAACUGUGCUGAGGUCAAUGAGAAGAAGUGCAGCUGUUAGAGGAAGAUCCGUUUUACAAUCACUCGUUUCGCAAACUGUCGGCAGAACCGGGAUUUUCUCACACGAUGUUUAGCUGAGGCAAUUAUUGACUUUAUGGAAAUGUGAUCUUUUUGUUUUUAGAAAUAUAUCUGUCAUUUUAUCGUUGUUGAUUCAGACUGUCCAAAGCUUUCGGGGUCUGAAAGAAGUCUCUUCUUUUCUGUUUGGAUCGUCUUCUUUUUUUAAUUUUCUGAUAAAAAAUUCUUGACUUUCA